GCUCGGCGCUCGGCCGUCGCUGCCUGGCCGUCCCCUUCUUCUGCCCUUCCCUUUUUCCGACGGAGAUGCGAAGCCGGAGUCGGAUUUGGCAAAGGCAAAGUACAACAUUUGUGGAAGAACAGGAAUUGAAAACUAGAUACCUGAUCCCUAGUUGGCAAUUUAACAGCUAGACUGUUCCAGUCCUUUCCAGUGUUUGGAAGAACUCAAUGAAGAUGUCUAGCAAAACAUCUGGCACCACAAACAACAUAGCUCAGGCCAGAAGAACUGUCCAGCAGUUGAGAAUAGAAGCAUCUAUAGAAAGAAUAAAGGUGUCCAAGGCAUCUGCAGAUCUAAUGUGCUACUGCGAGGAACAUGCCAGGAAGGAUCCUUUACUAAUGGGUAUACCUGCUUCGGAAAACCCCUUCAAGGAUAAAAAGACCUGUACUAUCUUAUAGGCAAGAAGUAAAGAUGCCUUCAAGACACCCCCCCUCCUGCAAAACCAACCAAGAAGAUUCAUAGAGAAGUAACCUGAAGAUCACCUGGUACCAGCUGCAUAAAACAGCAGCUCAUUCACAUGCUGUGUCUAAAUGAAGUUUUCUAAAAAGUUCCUUUUCUUUUUAGCAUUCUAAGUGAGAAUGCAAGUUUCUCAGGCUACUUCUUGUAAAACAGAAUGGUUCUGAGAGUAUAGUUGGGAAUUGGAUGCUGUUGGCAUUUUUUGGGAUUGUUGGGUUGGGUUGGGGUUUUAUUUCAAAGUGCAAUGCGUGUUCACAGUUCCAGGUGUUAGGUUGAACAAUCAAGACCAAAGUUGCCUGAGCUUCAUUUACAGAAUAGUGAGGCAGACAAAAAACGUAGAGUUCUAAUCAAGAUCACUUAUUUUGAUUUUAUAUUAGUGUAUAUCCUUGUGUAUGUAAUUGGUGUCUGUAUGUAGGGAGUGUAUGUUUGUUUGUUUUAGGUGUAUGCACACAUUCCAAAGUGCUUUCUUUACGUGCGCCUUUCUGAGUUAAUUGCUGCAUUUAUUGAUAAACUUCUGCAGUUCAUGCCUUUACCAUCAAGUAUGUCUUAAGCUUUUUACAGUGACUUAAGAGCCUGUAAACAUAAACGUAGUACAAAUUCUUGAUCUCAGAAUAAUUUUGAAAGGUGGCCUUUGGCUUAUACCCUUGGAUUUCUACCUUUCUCAUAUUUCCUUUGAAUCUUAGACUGUACUAAAUGACACAUAGAUUCUAGAACUGAAUUGUCUUUCAUUCCCUUAGAACUUUCCAGAGUCUGUCCCUUCCCUUCCCUACACAGUUCCUACAAACCUGCUUUUUGGAAGCAUGCAGGCUCUUCUUAACUUUGCCUGCUAUGCUCACAUUUUACAGAUGCCAAACAAUGUUUAAGAGGAACAAGAGACUCUUGGUGCAAUCCAUAAUACUAUUACUUCUGCCUAAAGCCAGGUUGUGCUGGGGCAGUGCUUGAAGGAUUGGAAACAGUGGUCAACAGUUAAUCUCUGAAACGUGUAAACUUUAUUAAAAUAUUUGUGUUCAUGUCAGGUAUUAAUGAAAUACUGAAUGAAAAGAACUAGUAUUGACUUAAACCACUAGUAUGUAUCUAUAUUCCAUUUAUUACCAGUCCUUUAAUGUUGCCGAUGUUUUUUUCUCUAAAUUGUGGUCUGUCAUAGCUCUAUAGUUACAUUGCCUGGCGUUUAUUCCCUGAGACGACAUCUCGGAUUGCUCCACAUAUGAGUUGCGGGAUUGGUGACUAGAUUUGUGGGGGAGACCUAGUGAUACAAAAUGCAAAGUCAGCCAUUGGUGUUUCCACUCAUAAUGUCCAGAAUGUUUUCAGGUAAUUUAAAGCUCCCUUACUGAGAAAAGCUAAGUUUUCCCCUUUAAACAAAUAGCAGUUGUGUCUGUAUCGUGAGGGGUCAAACCAAGGCCAACCCAGAAUAUGUGGCUUCAUUGCGACUUCACUGAGAUGCUGGUUUGCAAGCCAACAAACCAAGGUUCCUGACCUGCUCACAGGCCCUCUGUAACCUGAAACCAUAGGAUCAAGCUCUUGUGGAGAUCUGUCUUCAUGUUAUAGCAUUAAGAUUAAACAGGCACAUCUGAUUUUUAUUUUUAUUUGUUUAUCUUUUCUUUGGGUCCAGUUUUAUUUCCCUAAUAGUGUUUCAAAAAACUAAACUAUAAAUUGCUCAGAUGUAAGAAAAAACAUAGUUUUAGUGGGGGUUUUUGACAUCAUCAGAUUUUCUUUUUAUAAUUAGAAUAAUUUUCAAAUGGCAGCUUUGGAAACAGCACAUUAGAAACUCUCACACGGAUUCUGCUUCCCCUAUGUCAGUCUGUUCUCUCAUAGUGUUAGUUCAUUUGUUAAGGAUACUGAUUAAUUUGAUGGUAAAUAUUAAUUUGAUGGUAAAUAUCCUUAUUCCAGCUGCUCUCCGGAGAUAUUUUUGUUCACGGACUAAAAAAUGGAAUAUUUGGAACCAGGCAAGGAAGGGCUUUCCCUUCUGAUAGUUUAAACGUUCCUAUGAAUGUUGCUUCCCGAAGACCAUACUUAAUGUGGUACUCUGAAACUGCUGAUUUCCUUUGUGUUGUUUUAAGAUACUGGGCAGCUGUUGAUUAUUAUAAGAUAUAGAAACUUACUUUUCUGAAGGCUGAUUCAUAGAAUCCUUACUACAGUACAGUACAUUGUAACAGGAACACAGAUUGAUUUGCAUUUUCUGUAGCUGUGUGUGCAUUGAUUCAGUCUUACCAGUUCAGUGUGCGUCCAGAUAAUAACUUGCCAAAUACGAGAAUCUGGGAUUGUGCUGAAUCCGGAUGCGGUAACCAAAUCAAGAAAUCUAUUGGUUAAUGGUAGUUUAGCACACACUAAUCACCAGACAGUUGUCUUCACCAGAUUUUUAAAAGUGGUAAAUUCACAUAGCGAUAAGUGUUGCUCUGCUGGGACCGCACAAAAAAAAAGCACAGAAGCCGUAUCUAAAUGAACACAUCAUGGGAGUAUUGUACUCUUCUGGGAUCAGAACUGGCUCUUGUCUCAAUAAGUCUUUGAAUGAGGUGAGCCUGUGUAGGCAAAGCAGCCAAGGGUGUUUCUUGUGCUUGCCCCAAAACAAGAAAAAUCCCUAGUACCCAAUUGCCUGAGAGUUUAAAAAUAAGGUGCUGGGUUCUUUUUAAAAAUCUGCAUUUUUGCUCUUAAGAUCCUUGCUCCUAAGGAUCCUUUCUCUGCUUCGCCACCAUGAAGCCAUCAAAGCUUCUAUUCACAGACCUGCUUUUUCAAGAAUUAGAACUUUCUUGCUUUUAGAACUACCUUUCCUCAUCAAAUUAAUGCUAUUUUCUAUAGUCUAGUUCUUGAUGCAGUCAUCUGUGUGGUACUUUCAUAUAAAAAUGAAUACGCUGUUUCAAGGACUGAUCUUUAAAAAAAACACUGAAUUAAAAUAUAUAAACUUUUAUGUGUAAGGCAUUUAAAUUGUUGCAUACACUACAUAUCACCAGCAAAUGCUGCUGUGUGUUCUUUAAUGGAUUACACAUUCUAACACUCAAUUGCCGUAAGCUGGGCAUGUUGCUCCCUACCUUCUACUGCUGAUUAGUAGAUCAUAUCCUGAAACCUUGCAGUUAGUCUUCAGCUUAAUGUCCUGGUGCAAGCAGAGCCGUCUUAAAUAGGUUUCUUCAGAUUACUGAAGAAUAGGUAAAGCUUUGACAUUGCAUACCUAUUGUUAAAGCCAGUCAUCAGGGUAUGGCAACUUGGGUAAUAAGAAUUGAAGGAAGGAAAGGAAGGUCCUUGGAGGUUGCACUGCCCAAUAUUGUUUCUGAUGUCUGUUAAUCUAUCUCCCUCUCAUUUCCUUUCCUGAGAUGUCCUGAAGUAGAGGUGUGUGGCUUCUUACGUUUUUGGACAGUUCACUGCGUUCCCCAGAUGUAGUGGUCACUGGCCAUGCUUCCUGGAGAAUUCUGGGAGAGAUUGUCCAAACCCACAAUUAUGUGCACCUCUGCCCUGAAAUAUGGUUGGAGGUGUAAGGCUUUAGAGCUUGGGUCUUUUGUUUAAUUUUUAUUGAUACACCAAUGCUAUCAUGACCCCUAAGUGUCUUUUAAAAACAUUCUUAUGUGUUUUUCAUGGUUAUGUGUUCCAGCAGGACAAAAUGAGUUAGAUCCAAAGAUGCCCUUACAUAUGGGGUAGAAGGUGUUUUCUGCUCAUGGGACAAUUGUUUGAUGUCUCGUUGCUAAAGAGUUGCCCCCCAAAUCCUGUACAUUCUGUACAUAAUUCUGAACAGAUUGCAAAGCUUCAGUCCUGAAUGUAUUUACUAGGAAGUAAGCACCAUUGAAGAUAGUAGGAUCUGCUUCUGAGUAAACAUGUAUGGGAUAGCAGGACAUAUCCAGACAUUUUAUUCUGGUUGUGGAAGAGGAAGCACAAGAACUGCUACAAAAUUUGCCUGUUAGAAGACUCUGUUAUGUAUUCUGCUAGUGCUUGCAGAACAACACUAAUAAUUUUACUUCUGCUUAAGGUGCUUUGGAUCCAAACUAAUAUUUUCACCAGCAGUGCUUUAGAUUCUGAUCACACAUAUGUACUUUACUAAGUGAAGGAGAGUAUUGAAAAUACCAUGUUGUAAACUGCAGGGACUUAAUUUUAAUCAACUGAAAAUUGUGCCAACUUUGCAUUCAGAAAUGCCUUUUGAGUUUUACUAGGCUGAGACCCUGGCCCUGUUUAGUUUCUGUUUUGACUUACAUUAUAUCAAUUGUCUAUCAUAGCACGUGCCAAUUAACAGUUCCAUCAACUGGAAAUUCAACAUCAAAAUACUACUAGAUGCUUUGGAUCCUGUCCAGCAGAUUGUUAGGUGACUGCUAAAGGCAUUGCCACCUUUUUCCAGCCUUCCAUAAAGUACUGUCCUUUAGAAGAAUCAAUAUAGGCCUACAUUCAUUUUUGUAUGUAAAUCUGACCUUGUAGUGACAGUAUAAUCAUCCAGGGAACCAUAAAAAGUACUGCCUUUAUACGCAGCCCUGUUUCCUGUUCUCUGUUUCACUGAGACUUAAAUGGAAGUGAUACAGCAGUGGUGCUUAGAUGACAGCACCCAAGAGAACAGCCUUCCCAGUGAUCUUGCACUCCAGGUCUAUUGGACUACAACUCCCAUGGCCACACAGCCAGCACAGAGAGGAGGCUGCAGUAGAAUUUCAUAUGGAAAACUGAGUCAUCCAAAAUAAUAACUGCUAGACCACUGUGAGGUUCUAAAAUUAAGACUAUGAUAUUUAACAAGAAUUUUCAGCAACUGUAUCACUAUACCAUGUCUUGGUGCUUUGAUUAGAAAUGCCUCAGAAGUAAAAUAAUAUUCCCGAAGAUGCUUUGUGUUCUUUAAAGAAAUUAUAUCCUGCUUUCUUCUUACUAUACGCACUUGUGCUCUGGGUUUUCUUUUAAAUUGCUUUUGCAGUAUCAUUUUGUAUUAUCAUUGUAAUCUUAGGUCUGCAAGAAUAAUACGACUUGCAUUUCCCAGCAGAAAAGAAUAUGUACAUUUUAAAAAUAAUGCUAACUUGUUUUUGCGUUCACAAGCAUUCUGUCUGUAAUAAGAUGGCAUACAUUGUGCAUCAGCACAUGCUAUUAUUUUUAUUGAAAGCUGGCUUCUUCUAGCCGUGGGAGAGGUUUACACAAAUGUAAUUAAAAUUCCUGUUCACAGCUAAUUUAGUACCAUAGAUUUAAAAAAAAAAUCACUUUAAUUAAAUAUCACUUCUUUUGA